AAAACAAAACCAAACUCCACCUUAUAGACAUCCUAAYCAUGGAACUAGUCUGUUCUGCUAAGCAUGGAGGCUUCUAAGUAGGAAACUCAGAAAGACACCGUAUUCUGUGAAAUGCUGGCUUCUCUUCAGCUUGAGUCCAUCCAUAUAAUUUUAAACUUUGGCCCUUCUACACUUGCCCACACAGUUUUGACCUUGCUGUAUGCCAUUUCCUGUGCCCUUGCCACUAUCAUUUUUAUUCUCAUUUGGUUUGUUUCCCUUCCCCAAACUCCCGUUCACUUAAUAGACAUUUCUUCCAUAGAGUGUUCAGCUUAGAACUGUUGCAGUUCUUGAAGCUAUUUGCAUCAGGGAUGAAUGCCACAUAAUAAUAAUUACAAAAAUUACUCAACUUUCAAAACUGAACUAUUGUUAACAUUAGUUACCAACUUCAUGCAACUUACAUGAAAAAGAGGGGGUGGGGGAAAGGAGGAACUUGAGCUUCUGCAAAUCUUAGUUUGCAGUCUGAAGUGACUGAUUACUCUUAUGUAACAUGUUUGUCUCCUUGCUAAGUGAUCUUAAACUUUGUGGCCAAAUAUUUUGCAAUUGUCCUUUGGAAUUCCCCAUGGCUUGGAUGUUAACCUUCUUGAAUUAGAUCUGAUUAUAAUUUUAUGUGAUGUGACAGUCUAUCUAGGUAAAACACUGGAAAUUGCAGCAYAUGAGGGUAAAAGCACGUGGAUGUAUGAGUAAUGUAAGAAUUUGUUUAAAGRGGGGAAAAAAAUAAGAGUACUCAGUUAUUUCUGUGGGGGUGGAGCAAUAAAUGAGGUGCUGUUGUUUUAAAUACAAAUGUUUGAGGAAGUAGGUUCYAGCAGUUGUUUCACAUUCAAUUAUUUCUCAAGUUGCAAUCGAGGUGAAGAAUAGUAAUAGCGUGGUGAUUUCUGCUCCUGUCCUGAGUGAGUUAUCUUGCAUUCUCCUCUGCACCUCAGCUGAGCCAGUGGGAACCACUUUUAUUCUGUGUUCUUCUGCUCCAUUUUACAGUCUCUUCCAUCACUAARCCCAUCAGACCUGGAAGCACAGAGAAAAUGGUAGAAAGGCUGCUGGGCUUUGAUGUGCAGCAGAUGUCAAUAAUUGCUUCAGUGACUGCAAAUUCYAUGUCUGUGGCUGGUGACGGCCAGCACUUCAUGGUCUGCUGUGGUGUGCGUCGACAGAUAAAGGUACCUUGUGCAAAGAUGUCAAAUGCAUUGCCAUUUGUCUUGCUCUUCAUAUUUCCAAUGCUGCUGUCAGGAGCUUGGUUUCCCAAAACUUUACCCUGUGAUGUUAAGUCUUCAGAAGGAACUGUCASAGUGGACUGCACUGACCGGCGCCUUACAGAGAUCCCCAGAGGGAUCCCUGCAAAUGCUACCAACAUUACCCUGAGUAUUAACCAUAUUCCACAAAUCUACCCAAAAUCGUUUGAUCGUCUUGAAAACCUCCAGGAGAUUGACUUCAGGUGCAACUGUGUGCCUGUCAGACUGGGGCCCAAAGAUCAGGUGUGCACCAGCAGACUGAAGAUUGAGGAUGGCAGYUUUGCUGCCCUGACAAGAYUGAAGUCAUUGUAUUUGGAUGCAAACCAGCUGGUGGAAAUACCCCGAGGUCUUCCUGMUGCUUUAACCCUGCUGAGCCUGGAAGCAAACAAUAUCUUUUCUAUCCAAAAAGACACCUUGUCAGAGCUAGCAAACAUAGAGGUUUUGUAUCUUGGACAGAACUGUUACUACCGCAAUCCAUGCAAUGUUUCRUUUGAAAUUGAGGAAACAGCCUUUCUGGGGCUGAAAAARUUAACAAUACUGUCCCUGAAGGCCAACAACUUAACACACAUUCCACCCAAUUUGUCGUCUACUUUAAAGGAAUUGUACAUUUACAACAACAUGAUUGAAGUGAUUGAAGAGCAGGAUUUAAAGGCCCUUCCCAACCUGGAAAUUCUCGACAUAAGUGGCAAUUGCCCACGUUGCUACAAUGCCCCAUAUCCUUGCAUUCCCUGUCCCAAGGGCUCCAUUGAGAUCCAUUCAAAGGCUUUUGACUCCUUGGAAAAUUUAAGAGUUUUGCGACUUCACAGUAACUCUCUUGAGAGCAUACCCAGCAGCUGGUUUAAAAACAUCAAGAAUCUCCAAGAACUUGACCUCUCCCAAAACUUCCUCAUGARGGAGAUUGGAGAUGCUCAGUUUUUGAYRUUUAUCCCCAGCCUUGURCAGCUUGAUCUGUCCUUUAAUUUUGAGCUGAAGAUGUAUUCUCCCUCCUUGAAUCUUUCUAAGACAUUUUCUUCCCUCUCUAACCUGGAAACCCUGAGGCUCAAGGGUUAUGUCUUUAAGGAACURAGAGCACRAGAUCUACASCCACUGCUCGGUCUUAGGAAUCUCACCAUGUUGGAUCUCGGCACUAAUUUUAUUAAAAUUGCAGACCUGACAGUGUUUGAAGAAUUCCCAGCUCUUAAGUUCAUUGACCUCUCAGUGAAUAAAAUUUCUCCUUCUUCUGGGGAAAGCAAUUUCUAUGGAUUUUGCUCUAAUCCUGGCAUUUCARUGGAACAAUACAACAGGCAAGUACRACAAGAGAUGCAUUAYUUCAGGUAUGAUGYMUAUGRGCGWAGUUGCCGUUCCAAAGACAAAGAGGAUUCUUCCUACCAGUCUUCAGUUAAGGAWGAUUGCCUUAACUAUGGAAAGACUCUGGAUUUAAGCAGAAAUAAUGUAUUUUUUGUUAACCCCUCAGACUUCCGGGGACUUAGCUCUCUCARAUGUCUCAACUUGUCAGGKAAUGCAAUAAGUCAGACUUUAAAUGGAAGYGAAUUCUCUUACUUGUCUGGAUUGAAAUAUCUGGAUUUUUCUAACAACAGGGUUGAUUUGUUAUACCAAACUGCUUUCAAAGAGCUCAAAUUUCUAGAAAUUCUAGAUCUGAGCAACAAUAAGUAUUAUUUUGAGGCUGAAGGUGUUACUCAUGUGCUUAAUUUUUUGAAAAACCUAGCCCAUYUGAAGAAGCUGAUGAUGAAUGACAAUGACAUUUCUACCACGAUUGAUAGAGGAAUGGAAAGUCAAUCUCUUCGAAUUUURGAAUUCCGAGGAAAUCAUUUAGAUGCUCUCUGGGUGGACGGAAAUGAUAGAUAUUUGUCCUUCUUCAAGAAUCUGACCAGCCUGGAAGAAYUGGAUAUUUCCUUCAACUCRCUCAGAUUUUUGCCWCCUCKUGUUUUUGAAGACAUGCCUCCCAGUCUCAAGAUCCUCAACUUAACAAAUAAUCUACUGAAGAGUUUCAUCUGGGGAARMCUCCCCUCUCUGAGGAACCUAGUAACUCUAGAYCUGAGCAAUAACCUUCUGACAACUGUUCCCCGAGAACUGUCYAAUUGCACUUCAUCGCUCCAAGAACUGAUGCUCCGAAACAAUCGCAUUCAGCGGCUAACCAAAUAUUUUCUCAGAGGUGCUUUUCAGCUGAGGUACUUGGACCUCAGCUCAAAUAAGAUUGAAAUAAUUAAGAAAUCUAGCUUCCCUGAAAAYGUUAUUAACAACCUGAAGAUGCUGCUGUUGCACGGSAAUCCCUUUAAGUGUAACUGUGAGGCCGUGUGGUUUGUCUGGUGGAUCAAUCAGACACAGGUGACCAUUCCUCUUCUGGCCACAGACGUGACCUGUGCUGGCCCAGGGGCACACAAGGGAAGRAGCGUGGUUUUCUUGGAUCUGUAUACCUGUGAGCUGGACACGUCCUAUUUGAUCCUGUAUGCUCUGUCAGCUUCAASCRUCCUUGGCCUUAUGGUGGUGGCAGUGAUGAGCCAUCUCUACUUCUGGGAYGUGUGGUACAGUUACCAUUACUGCACGGCCAAGCUCAAGGGCUAUCGGCGCCUGUCUGCACCAGAUGUGUGCUACGAUGCCUUCAUUGCCUAUGACAGUGAAGAUCCAGCUGUGAAUGAGUGGGUGCUGCAAGARCUGGUUGAGAGGCUGGAAAACCAAAAAGCCAGGCAGUUCAAUUUAUGCCUGGAAGGAAGGGACUGGCUCCCAGGACAGCCAGUCCUUGACAACCUUUCCCAGAGCAUUCAGCUGAGCAAAAAGACCAUCUUUGUGCUGACCAAGAGRUAYAUUAARAGUGGCAGCUUCAAGACAACAUUUUACAUGGCUCAUCAGCGGCUUCUAGAUGACAAAAUGGAUGUCAUUAUCUUGAUAUUUCUUGAGAAGGUUUUGCAGAARUCCCGUUAYGUYCRGCURAGGAAGAGGCUGUGCAGAAGUUCUGUCUUGGAAUGGCCAACGAAUCCUCAGUCUCAGCCCUACUUCUGGCAGUGCCUGAAAAAUGCCAUAGCCACGAGCAAUUUGCUGGCUUACAACAAGCUUCUCCAAGAUACGGUUUAGUUCUCCCCUUUCCCUUAAAUAUUGCUAUSAUACAUAUGCACCUUGCUUGGCACUUGUUAGUGCACAGCAGGGGAAGAUGCACUACCCCCUGGGAGUCACUGGUGUAGAACAUCACCACUUCCAGCUUUCAGUUCACUAGAGGCCUCCAACCUUUGUGGCUGGGUCAUGUGUGGUUUAGACACUCGGUCAACAUGCUCAAGYACACAUAGUGAAGGAGUGGUUUGACCAUGCCUAAAGUUGCUGCUCUUCAGACACUGUUAGAAUAAAUAUGAUUUUAAUA